AUGCUGUCCAAUCUACUCGGUUUCUUCUCAUCUGAUCGUGCCCGCCAUGACUCCUUCAUCCUAUUUAUCGGAUCGCCCAGAGUGGAGUGUGUUCAUCUCAUCCCGGAGGAGCCCGGAGUCGUGGAGAUUUUUGGCGCAUAUACGGACCGCACAGAUCGUCCCCCAGCCCUCCCACGCACGGUCACAUCCAUCCAAUCUCGCGAGCCACUGGGCGAGCUCGAGGUCAGGGUCACUGAGGGCGAGUCCCUAUUCGACGCUCUUGAACGACUGCGUGAUCACGUCAAGAAAGCCUAUGCCGCGUUCUCAACCAUUAUUGAGGACGACGAGGCGACAGGGGUUGAUGCGGACGAGAUGAGGUUGCAUCAAUGCAAGAAUGCACUGAUACAAGGAUUCCAUUCCAUGGUUGAGGAAGGACAUAACAAGAGUACCACAGGCGCUCUUCCAGCGAAAUACGUGGUCGAACUGGCACGUAUUUCGAGGUCGAGACCUGGACGUAUCUGGGACGAAUCGAUGAUGACAAGUUUUCCGCAUUGA